AUCACAUUGCUCAGGUACUACCUGCUCAACGGUGCUGGUGGUUGAAAUCAUUUCAAUACUCUCUGUCGCAUGCUUGGGGUUCGGCAAUUAUCUUAUCCCACCGUUGCUUUCGGAGAUUCGGAGAUUUUUUUAUCGGGGAUAUUUUUUUGAUUUCGUCCCUCUGAUAUCAUUCCCCCCCCUUCUCAUAUGCAUAGUGACUUAACGGGUUCUAAUUGCCAUUAUCUAACUCGGAAUUAAUCAAUUGAAUAUACCGUUCUUCAAUAUGUCGCGACGCGAGCACUCACGCUCAUCGCUCUCAUCCGAAGAUGUCGAGUCCUCCGAAGACCACAGCGCAUACGUUCAUCAGGAUGAUCCGACUGCAUUGGAGAAGCAGACUACCGCGGCGUCGGGCAUGUCUGCCCUGGAGAAUCGUGCGCAUUCAGUAAUUUCGCGCAUUCGCAGUCGCGAACCGGGUCAAACUGCCCGCUUCACGCAUCCGCUGUCGCAUACUAGGACCUCCGAGGACGUCAUUGUCGACUUUGAUGGGCCGGAUGAUCCGUACAGGCCGAUGAAUUGGAGUUUUCGCAAGAAGGCGAUUACGACGGUUUUGUAUGGGUUGACUACAAUGGGUGCGACUUGGGCUAGUUCGAUUUUCUCUACGGGCACCAAGCAAAUCGAUGCGGAGUUUCACGUGGGUGAGGAGGUCGGCACAUUGGGUACAACGCUGCUGUUGUUCGGUUUUGGACUUGGCCCUCUCGUGUGGGCACCGCUAUCCGAGGUCUAUGGACGUAAGCCUGCUGUGCUUGCGCCGUACUUCAUCGCAGCCAUCUUCUCGUUCGGUACCGCCACAGCUAAGGACCUCCAGACCGUCAUGCUCACUCGGUUCUUCUGCGGAUUCUUUGGCUCCGCGCCCGUCACGAACACCGGUGGUGUCCUGAGUGACAUCUGGACGGCAGAGCAGCGAGGUGCCGCUAUUGUUGGUUACGCCAUGGCUGUGGUCGGAGGACCGGUGCUGGGUCCGAUUGUCGGAGGUGCCAUCUGCCAGAGCUACCUCGGCUGGCGCUGGACCGAAUACAUUACCGGAAUCAUGAUGAUGUUCUUCCUCGCGAUGGACCUCAUCUUCCUCGACGAGAGCUACCCGGCUGUUCUCCUCGUCUACAAGGCUCAGCGACUCCGCUUCGAAACAGGCAACUGGGCUCUCCACGCCCGUCAUGAAGAAUGGGACGUCACCUUCAAGGAACUCGGCAAUAAGUAUCUCAUCCGACCCUUCGCCCUCCUCACUACGCCCAUCUGCUUCCUCGUCGCCAUCUACGCCUCCUUCGUCUACGGUAUCCUAUACCUCAGUUUGGCCUCCUUCCCCAUCGAAUUCCAAGAAGUCCGCGGCUGGAACCAAGUCGUCGGCGCCCUGCCUUUCCUCGCCUACCUCGUCGGUAUCCUCUUCGGCGCCUGCAUCAACCUCUUCAACCAGAAAUUCUACAUCUCCCGCUUCAAAGCGAACAACAACUUUCCCGUCCCUGAAGCCCGUCUGCCCCCAAUGAUGCUCGGCUCUAUCGUUUUCGCCGCCGGCCUCUUCAUCUUCGCCUGGACUAGUGACCCCCACAUCCAUUGGAUCGCUCCCAUCAUCGGCGCCGUCUGCAUGGGUUUCGGCUUCUUCACCAUCUUCCAAGCUGCCCUGAACUACCUGAUCGACACCUUCCAGAAAGUCUCCGCUAGUGCUGUUGCGGCGAACACUUUCCUGAGAAGUCUGUUCGCGGGCUGCUUCCCUCUCUUCGCUAAUAUCAUGUUCCAUCGUCUCGGUGUGGACUGGGCUGCGAGUGUGCUAGGUUUUGUGGCUGUCGCAUUGAUCCCGAUCCCUUACCUGUUCUAUAUCUUCGGAAAGCGCAUCAGGGCCAAGGGAAAGUGGUCCCGGGCUUCGGUUUACGGGUACUGAUCCUACCUCUUACCUAUCUUCGAUGUUGUUGCUCAGAAAUGUCGUCUCUCUUCCUAUACCCAUCGCGUUCACAUAUACCCCACGUCCAUUCCAUGCCAGUCUUCCAAAGUUGAAAUGAAGCGGGUCAGAUUUAAAAAAAGUUUUGUUCACUGGGAUUUUGUGUCGGAUUGCUCGAGAUACCUCUGGUUUUGUUGGUUUGAUUUGAUUUGUAUGGCAUGACACGCAUAGCACGGCCGGGGUUUUGAUAGACAGGAAUAACGUAUUACCACCGAUUAAUGUCUAGGUUUAGUUAAAUGGAAUGAUUUAGAUAUAGC